AUGCCUUUCAAGUGCAUGAAAAUGGUCUGUCAUGAAGGAAAGCCCGUGGCUAUCCGAGAGAAGCUUUUCAAGAUUCUUACCAGGCACAUCAACAGUGCCAACACGGUGGUAGAGAUAAAACAUCUGCUCAGGUGCGGCAGAUUUAUUCAUGGUACGGUCCCUAAAGAACUCAUCUCGCGUUUUGUAAAAAUAUGUCCGACUUGUCAAGUUCGCCGGGGAGGUUCGCGCCUCACCCCUCCUAAUUCAAGAAGAAGCUCACCCCGUCUCGAGAUAGUAUCUCGUUCCCCAAAACUUCCAUCGCCACCCAUAUCAAGAUGUGAAUCCAGUCUGAACGUUCAAUUGCCGUUGGACAGGCCACAGGCGAGCUACUUGACUCAGUUUAAUGGCCACAAUAGCUGGUUGGAGAGUCAAAGGGGUAUACACCAACGGUCAAACUUGAGCCCCGGACACGCCUUUGCCAAAGCAACGCCCCCCCUGCCCAGUUCAGUUUCUGCAUUGGACUCUCCCUAUGGGGAUCUCCCAGAUCCAUCGUCACAGGUUAAUUAUAAUUCGGGUUUCGCUACUGCACAUGGCCCGUCUAGCCAUCGAGACUUUUAGAGUUCUCCAUUCGACCGGCGAAUCAUCAGAUGGGUUCGAAAUGGCCCCGACAAUAUGGUACCUUGGGUUUAUUUCUUUCUCUGUUCUUUUUCUU